AUGCAAUCACCUGAUCAAUCGAAUCAGCACACUGUCGCUGAUGGGCAAACUAUUGUCUUAAAAAGAUCCAUGACCAAACGCCACCUGAUCAUGUUGUCAUUAGGCGGUGCGAUUGGUACAGGCUUAUUUUUAAGUUCAGGUGAAGUGAUUGCACAAGCUGGGCCGAUUGGCGCUGUGAUUGCCUAUAUUAUCGGUGGUUUAAUUGCCUAUAUGGUAAUGCUGUGCUUAGGCGAACUUGCCGUCAAUCAGCCUGUGACCGGAUCUUUUGGUGCUUUUGCAGCUAAAAAUAUUGGACCGGGUACAGGCUACAUGGUGUCAUGGAUGUACUGGCUUGGCUGGUCUGCCACCUUGGGGACUGAAUUUACCGCAGCAGCCAUGCUGAUGCAGGAAUGGUUUCCAACAACCUCCAUCUGGUUAUGGACCCUAGUCUUUAUUGUUGCCGUCUUGAUUUCCAAUCUAACCUCAACACGCUUUUUUGCAGAGUCCGAGUUUUGGUUGUCUUUUGUUAAAGUUGCAACGGUACUAGUAUUUAUCUUACUCGGCCUAACCGCAAUAUUUGGAUUAAUUCCCUUCCAUGGGCAUGAAACUGCACCUUUAUUCAGUAAUUUAACCGCACAUGGCUGGUUACCCAAUGGUUUAUUUCCUAUUUUUGCCACCAUGCUGAUUGUAAAUUUUGCCUUUAAUGGUACUGAGAUGAUUGGGAUUGCUGCUGGUGAAACUGAAAAUCCUGAAAAAAAUGUCCCGAAAGCAAUUCAUGCUGCGGUUUGGCGGUUAAUGAUUUUCUUUGUUGGUACCAUUAUUGUCAUCAGUUCAUUAUUACCCUAUCAAGAUGCUGGCCUAGCCGCGCAUGGUGAAGGGAUCAGUAAUAGUCCCUUUGUUUCUGUAUUUAACUUGAUUGGAAUUCCUUACGCAGAAGACAUCAUGCGUUUUGUGAUCAUUACAGCGCUUUUGUCCACUGCUAAUUCAGGACUAUAUGCGGCAUCUCGUAUGAUGUGGGCGCUUUCAAUUCAAAAACAAUUACCUCGAGUUUUUUCCAAACUGACCAAAUCAGGUACCCCUGUUGUUGCAAUUUUUGUGACCAUGAUUGGGGGUUUACCCGGUUUACUGUCGGAGCAAUUUGGCGCAGAUGUGAUCUUUAAAAACUUACUCGGCGUGGCAGCAUUUACCAUGGUUAUCGUGUGGAUGAGUAUUUGCUGGAGUCAGUUUAAUUUCCGUCGUAAAUGGCUAGCCAGCGGUAAAACACUGGCUGAUUUAAAAUUUAAAACGCCGUGGUAUCCCGUUGUACCAAUUCUUGGCUUUAUCACUUGUACCGCAACCGGUUUAAGUAUGGCAGCAGAUCCAGAAAUGCUUUCUGGCUUUAUUGGUUGUUUACUUAUGCAGUCAUCACCAAAUCAAAAUGAUGCUCAGGUAUCAUCUAAUUCUUCACCACUCAAACGAGCAAUGAGUACUCGUCACUUGGUGAUGAUUUCGCUUGGUGGUGCAAUCGGUACAGGGCUUUUUUUAGGUUCUGGUGAGGUGAUCUCACAAACCGGUCCGAUUGGUGCCAUUAUCUCUUACAUCCUCGGCGGUGUAAUUGCCUAUAUGGUGAUGCUGUGCUUAGGUGAACUUGCUGUUCAUAUGCCUGAGUCUGGUUCGUUUGGUACUUAUGCGCAACGAUACAUUGGUCCAGGUACCGGAUACACCGUUACUUGGCUGUAUUGGCUAACAUGGUCAGCAACACUAGGCACUGAAUUUACUGCUGCGGCUUUGUUAAUGCAAGAAUGGUUUCCGCAUAUCUCGAUGUGGUUAUGGACGCUGAUUUUUGCAGCAAUCGUGUUUGGCUUAAAUAUGAGUUCAACCAAAUGGUUUGCCGAAUCUGAGUUCUGGCUCUCUUUGGUCAAAGUCAUCACGGGACAUACUUCAGCACCGUUAUUUAGUAAUUUGACCGAUGAAGGCUGGUUCCCACAAGGUCUAUUCCCAAUCUUCACCACCAUGUUAAUCGUGAACUUUGCCUUCUCUGGCACUGAGUUGAUUGGCGUUGCUGCGGGUGAAACUGAAGAUCCCGCGAAAAAUGUGCCUAAAGCCAUCAAUACUGCUAUUUGGCGUUUAUUGAUUUUCUUUGUUGGUACUAUCAUCGUAAUUAGUGCAUUGCUGCCUCACCAAAUGGCAGGAUUACAUGCUGAAGGGGUCAGUAGCAGCCCAUUUGUUACCGUAUUUGAUCAUAUUGGUAUUCCAUACGCAGAAGACAUUAUCCGUUUUGUGAUCAUCACUGCGUUGUUGUCUGCGGCCAACUCAGGGCUAUUUGCGGCAUCACGUAUGAUGUGGUCGCUCUCAGCCAAGAAACAGCUUCCAGCAAUGUUUUCUAGAGUCAAUGCACGCGGUAUUCCAUAUAUUGCUGUGAUUGUCACCAUGUUCGGUGCGUUACCUGGUCUGCUUUCAGAACAAUUUGCACCUGAGACUAUUUUUAAAAACUUGUUGGGUGUGGCUGCGUUUACCAUGGUUGUGGUGUGGAUGAGUAUUUGUCUGAGCCAAUUUAAUUUUAGACGUCAAUGGUACAAACAAGGUCAUACCAAAGCUGAAUUAGGCUUUGCUGCACCAUUGUUUCCAAUUGUGCCGAUCUUAGGUUUUAUCUUCUGUUUAAUUACCUGUAUCAGUAUGGUAUUUGACCCUGAGAUGGUAGUUGGCUUUAUUUGUUGUUUAAUCUUUAUUGCGAUUUGCUAUAUCAGCUACGCAUUCUUAUAUAAAGAUCAAUCACAAUCCUAA